AUGGACAUAAGAAAGUUUUUUGGUGGUCGAGAAAAGAGAAAAUUGCCAGAAAUAAGUAGUAGCGGAAGUGAUGAACAUGAAGGAAUAUAUAAAAUUCCCAAAUCCUCCAACGAACCUUCCACUUCUUAUGAUCGCAAUACCAGAAAUGCAGAUCCUUCAACCUCUAAAAAGCUUACAAAUGAAGAACGUUUUGAAAAUGACAUAGGUCAAUGGGUGGGACGGUCUAAUCAUUUAACAACAUCUCAAAAAAUGGAUAUCUUGAAACGUUGUUGGACGCCACCAGAAAAUUACAACUUUAGUGAGGAUGCUAUUGCUGUUGGAUCAAAGAGAAAAUUUAACCAUAGUUGGUUACAGGCCUAUGCUCCUUGGCUUGCGUAUUCGAAAAUACUGAAAGGAGCUCUUUGUUUGUACUGUGAAAAAAGUCCAAGGUGUUUUAGGUUCAUUUAUCAUCAAACCUUUUACACGAUACAAACGAUACAUGCUGUAGCAAAUAAAAGUAUUUUUAUAAUGAGUGUUAUCCUCAUAGCAAAAUACUCUAAAUUAUUAGAGCCUGUUGUGAAUGCUUUACAAUCAAAAAAUCUGGAUUUGCUGAAAUGCUCAAAUUUUAUAAAAAAAAUAGUAGUCAUAGUGAAAGAUCACCGCGAACACGCUGACACAGAAAUUCAAGAAUUAUUAACUGCUGCAAACAUAGCAGCUGAGAAUAUAGGAGCAGAAAUUAAUCUUCCUAGGAUUGUUAAACAACAACAACAUCGUUCGAAUCCUCCAGCGUUAAAUUCGGCUGAAUUCUGGAAGAGAUCAUUACUAAUUCCAUACUUGGAUUCAUUAAUAUCCUCAUUGGAACGGAGAUUUUCUGAUGAAAACAUACCUGCUUUUUCACUUUUAUUAUUACACCCUUCAAAUAUGUUAGAUAUGAACACCAAAGAAUUUAAACUUAAAAUAAAUGAUUUUGCCAAUUAUUACCAAAUUAAAGACUUGGAAAGUGAAGCAGAAUUAUGGUACAACAUCUGGAAGGAGAAAAAACUGGCUAAAAGCAAACUAUCAGACAUGGAAAUGAGUGAAGUAGUAGAAGAAACAGAUAUUUUCUUUCCUAAAAUAAAACAAGCCUUGCAUAUUUCUUUAGCUCAGCCAUGUACAACUAGCACUAUUGAGAGGUCAUUCAGUACGUUAAGAAGGGUAAAGACUUGGUUGCGUUCAACGAUGACGGAAAACCGUCUGAAUGGUCUAUGCAUACUAAGUGUGCAUAGAAAGCUGCUAGAUGAAAAAAAGGAAGAGAUGCAACAGAAAAUUCUCAGCAGAUUUUGCGAAGACUCUAGACGAUUGUCAUUGUUAUAA